AACCCGUGGAGAGGAGCUUCAGUCAUUCCUCAGUUAAUGUUAGAAUAAAGUAAAUAAAAGUGAAUAAUGUCUCCAGACUCGGAGCAGAGCGGUGUCUCUUUCCCUGUCUCUGGAAUACUGAUAGCAGUGGUGUCGAGUUUCAUCAAUGGCUCCACCUUUGUGCUGCAGAAGAAGGGGAUAUUACGCUCCAGAGACAAAGGGGGGUCGUACCUCACAGAUGUGGUGUGGUGGGGGGGCACUCUGGCCAUGAUUGUUGGUCAGAUUGGGAAUUUCCUGGCGUAUAACGUGGCCCCCGCUGUGAUCGUCACACCUCUGGGAGCCCUGGGAGUGUUAUUUGGGGCUGUGCUGGCCUCGUGGAUCCUGAAGGAGCAUCUAAACAUUCUGGGGAAGCUGGGCUGUGUUUUAUGCUGCUGUGGCUCCGUGGUGCUCAUCAUCCACGCCCCUAAAGCCGAGACUGUGACCUCCAGAGAGCAGCUGGAGGAGAGGCUGGCAGACCCAGUGUUUGUGAGCUACGCCCUCCUGGUGGUGCUGCUGCUGCUCGUCCUCAUCCUGUUUGUUGCUCCGGCUCACGGCUCCUCUAACAUCAUGGUGUACGUCUCCAUAUGCUCCCUGCUGGGCAGCUUCACCGUGCCCUGCAGCAAGGGCCUGGGCCUGGUGGCGGGGGAGGUGUUUGGGGCCGAUGGGGGUCGCGCUCUGCCUCUCUUCCUCUUCCUGCUGUGCACGCUCGCCGUCAGCAUCCUCCUGCAGUUCCUCUACAUCAACAGGGCCCUGCAGAGCUUCAGCUCCAACGUGUUUGAAGCCGUGUACUAUGUGGCGUUCACGUGCUCCGUGAUCGUGGCGUCCGCUCUGCUGUUUAAGGAGUGGACGGCUCUGACGGCCACACACAGCCUGGCCCUGCUCUGCGCUCUCACCACGGUGUGUGUCGGAGUCGCUCUGCUGCGCAUCUCACAGGAGGCCGAGGUCACCUGGAAGAAGAAGACGGACUGAUGGAGAUGAUUUAUGUUUACAGGCCGUUAUGACACAUUAAGUAUUCCAUCCAUGCAAGUAGCAUUCCUCAUAACAUACUUGAUUGGUCAAAACUCAGUUUAAAUGAACAAUUUAUAACUACCCUUCUUAAAGGUGGGGUAGGUAAGUUUGAGAAACCGGCUCGAGAUACACUUUCUGUUAUAUUCCAUGGAAUGCUC